AUGGUCUGGAUCAAAGCAUUGCUUUUGGGGCUAUGCGCCUCCACCACCUUUGCGCAGUCGCUUGAUGGAAUCUACGAUCUUGUUCGUCGUCGAAUGCCGAAGCAUGCCGACAGUUUUCGGUUCUCUCUGGUGGACUUCAACUCGACCAACAACGAUCAGUUCGUUGUGUCAACGGCCGCCAAUGGCACAAUCUUGGUGCAAGGAAAUUCAUUAAGCGCCCUAUCAUUCGGUCUGCAUCGCUAUCUCGCUGAUGUCGCGCUCGUAGACAUCUACUGGUUUGUCGGCAGUCAGCUACAUCUAGCACCCACGCCACUUCCUCGUCUAUCAAAGCCAUUGACUGGCUCCAGUGCCGUUGAAAGACGGUACCAUUUCAAUACUGUGACCUUCUCCUACACAACGGCAUUCUGGUCAUGGGAAGACUGGGAACUUCAGCUGGACUGGAUGGCUCUGCGAGGCAUUAACUUGCCCCUUGCUUGGGUCGGCCAGGAAAAGAUCUUGGUUGAGGUCUUCCGUGAGAUCGGCCUGACGGACACUGAGAUCUCAUCUUUCCUAAGCGGGCCAGCAUUCCAAGCCUGGAAUCGAUUCGGUAAUAUCCAAGGUUCCUGGGGCGGCGAUCUGCCCUAUUCCUGGAUUGACUCACAAUUCAAGCUACAGAAGAAGAUCGUCCGCCGUAUGGUCGAACUGGGUAUGACACCGGUUCUACCUGCGUUUACAGGGUUUGUGCCUCAAGCGAUCAGCCGUGUCCUCCCAAAUGCAACAGUGGUGAAUGGUUCACGAUGGGGCGGGUUUGAUGAGAGAUACACCAAAGACACCUUCCUAGAACCAUUCGACCCCAGCUUCACCCGUCUGCAGCGCAGUUUCAUCCAGAAACAGCAGCAAGCGUAUGGGAAUAUCACGCACAUCUAUACACUGGAUCAGUACAACGAGAACGAUCCCUACUCGGGAGAUCUUGACUACUUGCGUAACGUCACCCACAACACCUGGUUGAGUCUCAAGAGCGCGGAUCCCAAUGCUAUUUGGCUGAUGCAGGGUUGGCUAUUCUACUCCAACUCGGAUUUCUGGACCGACGAGCGUGUGAAGGCGUACUUGUCCGGCGUUGAAGUGGACCAAGAUAUGCUGGUGCUGGACCUCUUUUCUGAGUCGCAGCCCCAGUGGCAGCGUACGCAGUCGUACUAUGGCAAGCCGUGGAUUUGGUGCCAGUUGCAUGACUACGGCGGCAACAUGGGCUUGUACGGACAGGUGAUGAAUGUCACAGUGAAUGCAACCCAAGCCCUUGCUACUUCGGACUCGCUUGUCGGAUUCGGUCUAACCAUGGAAGGUCAAGAGGGCAAUGAGAUCAUGUACGACUUGCUCCUGGAUCAAGCCUGGUCUCGGCAGCCGAUUGAUACGGAUAGUUACUUCCAUGAUUGGGUCGAGACUCGGUAUUCUUCUGGAGGGAGAGGUUCAGCCGUACCCAAUGAGUUGUAUCAAGCAUGGGAUAUUCUGAGAACAACAGCCUACAACAACACCAACCUGACAUCAACGGCGGUGUCUAAAUCCAUCUUUGAACUGCAGCCCAGCAUGUCAGGGUUGCUUAACCGUACUGGUCAUCAUCCUACCACGAUCAACUACGAUUCGUCUGCGCUUGUCCAGGCAUGGCAACUGAUGGACUCCGCUGCAUUCAAGAACAGCUCUUUAUGGUCCCAGCCCGCUUUCCUCUAUGACAUGGUCGACCUUACGCGUCAAGUAAUGGCGAACGCAUUUAUCCCUAUGUAUAUCAAUCUGGUGUCUACAUAUCAAGGUGGCGCCUCCGUUUCCCAGGAGGGAAGCAAUCUCAUUCAGCUGCUACGCGAUCUGGACUCUGUGCUUUCCACCAACGACAAUUUCCGCCUGUCGACUUGGAUUCGGUCAGCACGGUCAUGGGCGAGAAACGACACAGAGGCUGAAUUCUACGAGUACAAUGUCAGAAACCAGAUCACCCUCUGGGGCCCCAAGGGUGAGAUCAACGACUAUGCCUCAAAGCAAUGGGGUGGCUUGGUCUCGUCAUACGACAUCCCUCGCUGGCAGAUGUUCCUGCAAUACCUGGAAAGCACUCAGGCAAGUGCGUAUAACGCAACAGAACUAAAGGCACAAUUGUUCGAUUUUGAGCUCAAAUGGCAGGAAGAGACGAGUGAAUCGAAACAGGCUGAGUCUGGUGAUCUACAAUCCGUGCUGGCGAAAGUGAGCCGAAAGUGGCCAUCAGUGUUUGGAAAUCAAAAAUAG